AUGUCUCUCUAUUACGACGCGGUGUCGGUUCUGACCGCCCCCUCGUCGACAGGGGGUUCCUUCAAAUCUCGCAUCUACAGCUCGCGGAACCUCAAAUCCUCCCCGGCGCAAAUCUACGCUCUGGUCAUCGAGGCCUCGAAAUGGGAUAUCCUUCUCAAAGAGGUCAUUGAGGCCGCGGGGAUCCUCAAACAAGAGCCCAAGCUCACACCUUUACUUGCCCUACUGCUCGUCCACGAUCACCUCCUCGCCAAGAAUGGCAUCGCAGCCAACGCAAACCAUCCGCUCCGUCAGGCGGUCGAGAGACACAAGACUCGACUGAAGGGGGAAUUCGCCAAGGCGCGCGUGCGCCGCGGAUGCGCCUCGAUACCCGAUCUGAAGGCUGCCGUGCUGCGCGAGAAACAGGCUGCGCAGGGUGUGCUCGGGACUCCUUCGACGGCCGUGUAUCCGCGCUGGGUGCGGAUCAACAACCUCCGCACGGCGAUGGAGGAGCAGCUGCAGUCUACAUUCAAGGCGUAUACCAGGGUCAACUCGCUCGCUGAGCUAGGGGAGAAAGACGAGGCGAAGCUGUACGUUGACCCGCACGUGCCGGAUCUGGUGGCCGUCGCGCCGGGCGUGGACUUCACCUCAUCCCCUGCGUACAAAAACGGGCAGAUCAUUCUGCAGGAUAAGGCGUCGUGUUUCCCGGCGUACCUGUUACUCGGGGAUAGUGAGGAAUGGCCCGGCGAUCUGCUGGAUGGUUGUGCGGCGCCUGGAAACAAGACGACGCACAUGGCUUCGUUGCUUGCGAAGCAUGCUGCCGGCAAGGACAUCACCCGCCACAUCUUCUCCAUGGAUGCUUCCAAGGUGCGGUCCAAGACAUUGCAGAAAAUGGUCGCUGCGGCGGGCGCGGACAAUGUCGUCACCGUUCUCCAGGGCCAGGAUUUCCUGGCGCUCGACCCCACCGAGGACCGCUUUGCAAACGUCACCGGCCUCCUCCUUGACCCCAGCUGCUCCGGCAGCGGGAUCGUCGGCCGCGACGACGUCCCAAAACUCGCCCUCCCCGCUGCUGCAACCACGCAGACUGGCAAAUCGCAGGGGAAGAAGCGCAAACGCAGACAAGACGAGGAGGAGACUCAGCCUGGAAGCGUCGCCCCGACUUCGACGUCAGCCACAGAUGAAAACGAGUUCGCCAGCGCAACCCUCGACCCGGAGCGUCUGACGAAACUCUCCAACCUGCAAGCGCGCAUUGUCGAACAUGCGCUGAGCUUCCCGGCCGCUACCCGCGUCACGUACAGUACGUGCUCCAUCCACCUGAUCGAAAAUGAGGCGGUUGUGUCUCGUGUACUGGCCUCGGAUGUAGCGCGCUCCCGCGGCUGGAGGGUCAUGCGCCGAGAGGAGCAACCCCGAGGCAUGAAAGCCUGGCCGCACCGCGGUGUCAGGACGGAGAGCCGAUAUGGUGACGCGGAUGGUGAUGGGAAGGUCACUGCUCCUGCUGCUGCUGUGGAUCUGACUGACGAAGAGCUGGAGGCCUGUUUACGGUGCUGGGCCGAUGAUGAGGAGGGUCUUGGUGGGUUUUUUGUCGCGGGGUUUGUGCGUGAUGAGGGAAGUGUAGACCGUACUAUUAGGGAAGAGCCAGAGUCUCAGGGUAUUGAGGAGGAUACGGGAGACAGCGAUGAGGACGAGUGGGAGGGUUUCUCCGAUUGA